AUGUUGCUCAUAGUCAAUCUCGGCUCCUCAGCUCCUCCUCAGCUCCUCCUCCUCAUCCGCCUCGUCAGUCUCCCCCUCUGCCCCUUCUUCUCCCCCUUCCCUCCGCCAUCUCCCUCCAAUCCUUCCUCUGACCCUUCACUUGUCUCCUCAGCCUCUGCCCCAGCUGCUGCUGCUGCAGCUGCAGCUGCUUCAUCUCCCACUCUCCCACUUGCGGUGGGCCCUUCCUUGCCAAAUUCCCACCAACAGCGGUCACAGAAACGUUCCAUGCAAGUGCAGGGGCAACUGCAGCAGCAGCAGCGGAGCUGGCUGCAGUUCCAGGAACAGCAGCAGGAGCAGCACUGCCAGCAGCAGCAGCAGCAGCAGCAGCAGCAGCAGCAGCAGCAGCAGCAGCAGCAGCAGCAGCAGCAGCAGCAGCAGCAGCAGCAGCAGCAGCAGCAGCAGCAGCAGCAGCAGCAGCAUGCAUGCAUGCAUUUCGGAAAGAGCAGCACCAGCAGAAGCGUGAACCCACGAGUGGGGGUAGGUGCAGGAAACGGGGUGAUAGUAGGAGCAGGAGAAGAAGAGGGAGUGAAAGCAGGAGACAUGGCAGGAGGAGGAGCAGGAGUGGUGGCAGCUGUGGUAGAUGAAGCAGUGGCAGGGGAGGAGGAGGAAGAGGGAACAGGAGAGGCAAUGAGAGGAGAAAAAUGGGUGAAAGGAUAA